AUGUUGCUCGCUGGUGGGGGCCGUCGUCCUUCAACCCAGAGAGGUCGUCUCCUCCAUACAUCUGCGUUUCGUCUACAUCGUCCAACUACUGUGAAGACGAUCGACUCUUGGAGGACUGAGCCUUCCAGUGAGAAGCCUAUGUGGUACAACAGAUUCGACCAAGUCGACCACAUUUCCCAACACCCCGACCCUGAGAAAACCGAGAAGUACCCUCCGGUUGAUGAUACUCGUAAGCUGAUGAAGACCCGUGGGGACCCCACAUCAUGCGUGGCUGGGGAGAGUAGUGGCCUUCCCUCCUACAGGUACGUCUAUUGUCAUUACGAGCAUCUGCGUGAACCCGUGUUCCCAAGGAAGCCUGAUGUCGCCAAGGGAGAGUUAGCCGCCGGCGCUAACGUCACUCGUACUGAUGUGUGGAAGCGAGAGGGAGAGCCUGCUAUCCAAUCCAUUGCAAGGUUCAAUCCGGAUAACUUCCGCCCUGUUGGGUAUGCUGAGAACAUUCCUUGUCCCGAUACGUGCGUCCCUGAAGGCCAUCUUGAUUUCCGCCACACCCGCCUUCCAACCUGGCAUGCUGAUCGCCGGCCCUUCCACUACUUCGCUACAGGGAUGUUUGGUCUCAUUGGUUUGGCAUUCUUGAGAGGCACGGUGGUUAAGGUCGUCCAUGGUCUUUGGCCAGCACGCGAUGCGAUAGCUGCGGGGGUCAUUGAGGUCGACUUGAGGGGUAUUCAGCCAGGGCAGAACUUUGUUGUUAAAUGGAGGGGAAAACCGGUUUUUGUGAGAAGACGUAAGAAGGAUAUCUUAG